AUAUACCAUCGAACGGAAGAACAGACGUCAAUAUUGUUAUUCACGUUAGUAUACCAGCAUUAAAGUGAUUAAUAUUGAUCCAUCUAUUGCGUUCUCAGCUAUUAACAAACAAUUAAAUUGAAUUAUGCAAUUAGCAUAGAAUUUCUUAGUAUUUUAUGACAUUAUUGGAUUUUUUCAAGUGAAAGUUAAUCUAUAAAGUUAUAUAAUCGCAUUGUUAUAUACAUACAGAAGAAGAACGAAUUAUGUCGCUGAACACGGCACACGUACAAGGAGGAAGCUGUUUAAUUCAUGCUGGUGAAUGCAUUAUUUUAUUUACUGAUGCAGUAACAAUAGACUUUCAUGGCCAAGAUGGAAGAGCAUUUCAUGGUUCAAAAAUCGGAAAAGUCUUUCUUACCACUCACCGUUUGAUUUUUAUUAACAAAUCAGACAAGGAUGAGUUAUUAUCAUUCAGUAUGCCUUUUGUCACUCUUAAAGAUGUGGAGUUAGAACAACCUGUUUUUGGUUCGAACUAUAUAAAAGGUAAAGUCCGAGCUCAACCGAAUGGAAACUGGGUUGGUGAAGCAAAAUUCAAACUAGUUUUUAAAAAAGGUGGUGCUAUUGAUUUUGGACAGGCAAUGUUAAGAGCUGCAUCUAUGGCGAGCAGUAAUUUUCCUCAAACGGAUAAUCCACCACCAUAUGUUCCACCACAAGGGCCAUAUUACAUGGCUGAUGUACCUUAUGGUGUACCUCCUCCUGGUUACUAUGGAUGGAUGCCUUCUACUGCAGCUUUUCCAGAUGCACCACCACCACAAUCUGUAUACAGAACAGAUAUGCCUCCUCCAUAUCCAGGUAUUAUAGGAUUUUCAAAUAAUCCAGGAUAUGCUAGUGCCCCACCAGCACAAUCAGCUCCUCAGCCACAACAAUUGAAUGGACAAGAUUUAAAAGCAGCUGAAGCAGCUCAAAGUGCCUAUUUUGAUCCCAACAGACCACAAAUGGCAUAUGUUCCACCACCUUCAUAUUAUGAACUCCCUCCACCAUAUAAAGAAACCGAAAACAAGAAAAAUGAUUAAAGCUAACUUAAAUGAAAUCUGCUAUUUAAGUAUUUUCCAAAGGUUAUUUUGUGAAAUUUUAUUGUUUUAAUAUUAGUAUACUAUAUGUAAAAUAUAUAAUUAAAUGAAAGUUAUAUAUCAUUGAAGUUUAAAGUAUCAUAAGUAAUUUUUAAAAAUGUGAUUUUUCUUGUGUAAUUUAAUCAGUGUUAACUUAUCUUAGUCAAUAUGGGAAUAAUUACCAAUACGAUUAUUAUUGUGAAUAUUUUAAAAAGCAGCAAUAACUUAUUUUAUUUUUUCUGUUGGUUUUUAUUUGUAUUAGGAGAUACUAAAAGAAGAAUGAUAUACUUUAUUACUAAAUUUAAGUAUAUACUUUAAUGUAGAAUAGAUUUUAAAUAUACAUAUAACAAUUUUUGCAUUCCAUACAUCAUAUUAACAAUGAUGUAAUUUUUUAAAUCAGUUUUCAAUUUAUUUUUAGAUAUAUUUUAAAAGUUAUUCUUACAGUAUAAUACUGUAGUAAAGCAUGUAUAACAAUGUGUCAUUUUAAAUUCAUCACGCCAGAAAUAUUUUAAAGUAAAUAUUUUAAUUAUUUUAUUGUAAAUGUGCGAUGAUGUAGUUAAUCAUAUAUUUUAAAUAUUUAUAGUAUUUUUUGUUAUUACAACAGCUUUAUAUUAGCUAAAAUUAUACUUUCAAUAAUAAUAUUUGUAAAUGAGCCAAUUUUAUUUUUUCAUAAGUUUACUAAAAAUAUUGAACUAUUUUUAUAUGUUUGUUUAGUUUUAUAUUUCACCAUUUCUUCUAAAAAAUAAAAAUGUUUCCUUUAA